AUGCUUAUUUUCCGAUUUGCAACAACUUAUACAACAAUCCGGACGAAGUUAGUCAAACUUUGAAAUCUAGAAAAAUCGAUAAAUAUUUCAGAAUUGCUCAGAAUCAAAAAAAAACAACCACGCUAGCUAAACUCCUCACGUUCAAGAAAAAAAAAUAUUCCACCAAGAAACAUCCAAAUUCAACCAACUUAAAUCCAGUAUCUAAACUACUGGCAUCUUAUCGUUAACUGACUUUAAAUAUAAUUUUAAAAAAUUUUCUGGAUCGCAUAGUCUGUGUUCUCAGUGAUGACAAAUGAAAGGUGUGUAAAAUUUAAAUUUAAUUUUGAAAAAUCAAAUUUCCAUUUUCAUUUUCAGAUUGUUUGGAUCGCACAAAGCAUGCAUAAACAGUGAUAACAAGGAAAAGGUGUGUGAAAUUUCAAUUUAAUUUUGAAAAUUCAAUUUUCAAUUUUUAUUUUCAGAUUGUUUGGAUUGCACAAAGCAUGCAUAAACAGUGAUAACAAGGAAAAGGUGUGUAAAAAAUCAAUUUUGAUUUUUAAAAUUCAAAUUUCCAUUUUCAUUUUCAGAUUGUUUGGAUCGCACGAUUUGCAUCAAGCAUGAUACCAAGGAAAGGGUGUGUAAAAAUUCUAUUUUAAUUUUAAAAAUUCUUGUAGCCUUCUAAAGCCUCCUAAAGCCUAUAGGAGCCUAUUGAAGCUUCCUAAAGCUUUCUGAAGCCUUCUGAAGCCUUCUAAAGCCUCCUGAAGCCUUCUAAAGCCCUUUAAAGCCUCCUGAAGCCUCCGGAAGCUUUCUGAAGCCUUCUUAAGCCCUUUAAAGCCCUUUAAAGCCCCCCUGAAGCCUCCUAAAGCCUUCUAAAGCCUAUUCAAACCCAAUUUGAUCUUUUGAUCUAUCUUAACGUUCUAAAUAUAGCAAUUAGUCAUCUAAAUCUCUUAGGCAGAUGUUUUAGUUACCUAGGCAAUUAAUACUUUUGUAAUCCCCCCAAAAUCUCACAAGCUUCUUAUUUUUGUGAUUGUCGUCACCCUGUAUAUUUCUUUUUUUUUUCAAAGUGUAUUGAUGAAAUUACUAUAUCUAAACUAUAGUAAUCUAAUUUCUAAUUAAAAUAUUAAAAAAAAUUGAAAUUGGAUCCCUGUACAACAAAUUAUAUUUAGGCAAAUAGUGAGUGAAUUUAUCAAAUUUAAAAAAUCAAUAAACAUUUUUCAGAUAA